CGGACUUGAAUAAAAAACGAUAACAAACAUGUUUUUUUUCAUAGUUGUGAAAAAAAAAAAAAAAAAUGGAAAUCCAAAAUUGAUGUAGUACUGCGUCACUAGACAUAAUUUCCGUUAAUUUUCUAACCCCAUUCUCUUUCUGUCUCCCUCUGUCUUGUCUUGCCUUUCUCUCUCUUCUUUUUCUCUCUAUCCUUUUCUCUCAAAAUACGCUGAAAUGCGAUAAUAUAUUUUGCAAUGAUUAUAGAUAGGGUUUCCAAUUGCUGCAUGAACGUAUAAUCAAUUGCUUUUUUUCUCAUUAAGGUUCCACGAUUUCGGACCUUUUUUGUGGGGUUGUUGGAAGAUUUAGGGUUUUUACCAAUCUUGAUGUUCAACCUAAUUUUCUGCUUUUGAUUUAAUUCGACGAAUUUUUCUAAUAGAAUUGGUGUUAAUGUAUAUGGUUAGUUGAUUAGUUUCGUGUACAGCAAGUUGUGCAAAUUUGAUUGAUUAUUUUUUUGGGCAAAAAUUGUUUCUUUAAUUGGAGCUUCUUUUACCAUAAUUUCUGGAAUUUAAGAUCUGGAAAUUUUGACUUUUGGCUGAGUUGGGGCUAAAUCUGACUCCUCAACAAAUUAAAUUUUGUUGAUUUUUUUUGGGGUUCAGUAGAUUGAAAAAAAAAAAAAGGAAAAAAGGGGGAUUAAAGAUGGAUCAGAUUAUUGGUGGGAAGUUCAAGAUGGGGAGAAAAAUUGGGAGUGGAUCAUUUGGGGAGCUGUAUUUAGGGGUCAAUACCCAAACUGGCGAGGAGGUGGCUGUUAAGAUGGAAUCUGUGAAGACCAAGCAUCCUCAACUACAUUAUGAAUCAAAGUUAUAUAUGCUGCUUCAAGGAGGAACUGGAGUGCCCCAUCUCAAAUGGUUUGGAGUUGAAGGUGAACAUAAUGUAAUGGUGAUUGAUCUUCUGGGACCAAGUCUGGAAGACCUAUUUAACUAUUGCAAUCGGAAGUUGUCAUUGAAAUCAGUACUAAUGCUUGCCGACCAGUUAAUCAACAGAGUUGAGUACAUGCAUUCAAGAGGUUUCCUUCACCGUGACAUUAAACCUGAUAAUUUCCUAAUGGGACUUGGUCGCAAAGCAAAUCAGGUUUACAUUAUUGAUUACGGGUUAGCUAAGAAAUACAGGGAUCUACAAACUCAUAAGCACAUACCAUACAGGGAGAACAAGAGCCUGACUGGUACUGCACGUUAUGCAAGUGUGAAUACUCAUCUUGGAAUUGAGCAAAGUAGACGGGAUGAUCUUGAAUCUCUUGGUUAUGUUCUAAUGUAUUUCCUUAGAGGAAGUCUUCCAUGGCAAGGGCUAAAAGCGAACACUAAAAAGCAGAAAUAUGAUAAAAUCAGUGAAAAGAAGAUGAUGACUCCCAUAGAGGUGCUUUGCAAAUCAUAUCCUUCAGAAUUUGUAUCAUAUUUCCACUACUGCAGGUCGUUACGCUUUGAAGAUAAGCCUGAUUAUGCGUACUUAAAGAGGCUUUUUAGGGACCUAUUUAUUCGAGAAGGUUAUCAGUUCGAUUAUGUAUUUGACUGGACUAUAAUGAAGUAUCCCCAAAUUGGUGGCAGCUCUAGAACACGGUAUCCUGGUCCUAAGCCAGCUUUAAAUGCAGGACCAUCUGUGGAAAGGCCAGAAAGGCCCUCAGUGGGUCGUGAGCUUCGUGAUAGACUUAGUGGUGCAGUAGAAGCCAUUUCCCGCCGAAAUACUAUAGGUUCUGGUGAUCAGUCCAAGCAAAGAAGCUCACAAGAUGUAGCUACAUCCCGAGACAUGCAAAGAGAUUCUGAGAAGAUAAACAUUUCCCGAGUUAGCAGCACUACUCGAAGAGCCACUGCUGUCACAAGUAAUAGACCAACCUCCUCUAGUGACCUUGGGGAGAAUCGUGCAGGUCGACUUGCUUCUAACGGGACCCACCGCCAUUCCUCAAAUGUACAGAGGCUUCACCAGGGAAUAGAGUCUAGGCCAACUUCACGAACACGAGCUUCUGCUUCACGAGGGAUCCGUGAUGAUCAUAUCCGUAGCUUUGAACUGCUCUCCCUCAGAAAGUAGAAGUAAUUUGUUCAGUAAGACAAAUUUUCCGCUUCACAAGGGAUCUGCGUUGACCAUAUAUGUAGCUUUGAAAUGCUCUCCCUCAGAAAGGAGAGAGUAAUUUGUUCAGUAAGACAAAUCUUGCAAGCCAAAAUGGGUAAUUGCAUUUUGUUAAUUGAUCUGGGUGCUAUACUCGUAUAUUACCAUUUAUUCUAUCUACCCCUGCUUUUUUUUUUUCUGAUUACAGAAUUUUUGACCAAUGUAAUGUGUUAUCCAUUUUUCCCUGGCUACUUUUCAGAUAAAGAGAAGUGUACUUACAAAAGUGAUCGGCUAUGUAUAAUUUCGUUUUAGAUGUGUUUUAGCUAUUCA